AUUUUAACUUCACAGCUAAUUUGUAACCCUAAACUAGGAUGGGAGAAUGAUAUCUGGUGCAGUAGAAUAACACCAUAUAUAGAUAGACUACGUUUAUAUAAUAUAUAUACACAUAUUCGAGUAAAGCAGAUACGCUUCUCUUAGUUGUACAAUGGAUCAGUACACUGUUAUUCGUCACAUCGGGGAAGGGAGUUUUGGAAAAGCACUUCUUGUCAAGAGCAAACGUGACGGAAAGAAAUAUGUUAUAAAACAGAUCGGAAUAUCAAAGAUGACACAGAAAGAAAAGGAUGAGGCAAGAAAAGAAGUGAGUGUGCUCGCCAAAAUGAACCACCCCAAUAUCGUCUCCUAUCAGGAUUCUUUUGAGGAGAAAGGGUCACUGUCUAUUGUGAUGGAUUAUUGUGAAGGAGGUGAUAUGUUCAAUACAAUAAACCAACAGAAAGGUCAACUUUUUUCCGAAGAACAGAUCUUGGAUUGGUUUGCACAGACUUGUCUGGCUAUCAAACACGUGCACGACCGUAAGAUUCUACACAGGGAUAUCAAGUCUCAGAACAUAUUUCUAACGAGCGUUGAUGGGAAACUAACCAUUAAAUUAGGAGAUUUCGGUAUAUCUAGGGUGCUGCGUAACACAGCAGAGCUAGCUAGAACUUGUAUUGGCACACCUUACUACCUCAGCCCUGAGAUCUGUGAGAAUAGACCAUACAAUAAUAAGAGCGACGUGUGGGCGCUAGGUUGUGUGCUAUACGAGCUAGCCACACUAAAACACGCCUUUGAAGCGGGGAACAUGAAGAAUCUGGUGAUGAAGAUAGUUAGAGGAAACUACCCUCCCGUCAGUACUAGAUACAGCAGGAACCUCAGGGGUCUUAUCUCUAAACUAUUUGAACGUGCUCCUAGUGCUCGUCCCUCGAUAAAUGCUAUCCUGCGAAUGCCGUUCAUUUUCGAGCGAGUGAAGAAGUUCCUACCUGAUGAUAUCCUCCAAGAGGAGUUCAGUCACACAGUUCUACACCGUAACAUGGUUCUAAUGAAGAAUCCAGAGAAGAAUAAUCCUGCUAAAUCAGCAUUCGGUCCUCCACCGGCUGUGAGACACAAUCCCGCAAAGAUCUACGGAGCAGUAAAUGCGGGAGUGAGACCGAAGAGUGCAGCUGCAAAGCUCACUGAACUGAGAGAGAAACAGAGGAAAGAGAGGAUGGAGAGAGAGAAGGUUUUUCCUAAACAGAAUAAAGUUUGUGCCAGGAAAAAUAUCGGAAACAACAAAAAUAAGCACUUACAAGACGAGAUUGAUAAGAGAAAACAGCGUCAAGCUGAUCUGGAGAACAGAGAAAAACAACUAAAAGAUGUCCGUGCCAAGCAGGCAGAACUUCAGGACAAACAAAAGAAAGCCCAGCUAAUGAGGAAUGCUAUUGGGGCACAGAAGGAUUGGAUUAGUCACAUGGUGGAUCCAGAACCUAAAAAAGCUAAACUGGAUGAUAAAGAAAACAUAGUUACACGUGAUGAAGACCACAAACCGGUUGUAAGUGAAAAUGAGCGGGAACAGAUUAUCCAGGAGUUCCUGAACAGGAAGCGAGAAGCGGAGGCGAAUAAGCACCGGGUCGCGGCAGAGCGGAGGGAACCAGCUCAAGCACCAUGGGCUGUGAAUGACUGGAACUACAAGAUUAAUCCCGCCAAAAACGGCCCCCCUAAAGUAGAAGGCAGUGCAAUGCCAAUGAACCAUCGUGACCCCCGUCCACCAUUCGCGAUACCUGGACGAAAUCAAAAGGAAAAGGAAUACCUUGAAAAACUUGACGCUAUCAGAAAGAAUAACUUCGCUGAACGACAAAAUAAUAAGCAAAAGCAUGAUGGACCUCCAUCGGAGUAUGAUCCUGAACAGCGGAGAAAGAAAAUACUUGCGCUGAAGAAACAGGCCGACGAGAAAGCCGCUCUACUCAAAGCUCAGCUUGAAAAACGGAGAAAGAGAAGAGAAGAAGGCCCUGUUAUUUCUAAAUCUCCAGAAAUUCCACCCUCUAAAACACCUGAAAUUCCUGCUAAAACUCCCGAAAUUCCUGCCAAAUCAUCAGAUAACCCCGCUAACUCAGCCAAACAGGGAAAUAGCGAUGCCCCCAAACCCAGCCCUGAUUACAGGCCUAUUAGGCCCAGCAAAGUGGCCAAUAAGUUCGAGUCAUGUGUCACGGCUGGGGACGCUUUAACUGACACAGAACAGCCUCCACAGAUACCAAAAGAAGAAAUAAUGCCUAAGGAACCUGGAGAAGUUGAUAGAAAUGUGCCAGCUUUUGUUGUGAAGGAGGACAAAAAGAGGAGUGGGACUUUUGUUAAGGACAAGAAUCAGGCAGAUGUGGUUUUCAUCGGGAAAGAUGCUCUCGGUAAACCGGAUUCAGAUGGGUCGGACGCUUCGUCUGGGAAGGAACGCAAGAAAUGGGGCGCUCCUAAGAAUGAUGAGGAACUCAUAUCCCCCAGAUACCAAGAGAGGAAAAAGUGGCAAUCUCCCAAACAGGAUGAACUGUUUGAGAAACUCUCCGCAAAAACACUUCUACCAGGAACCUACUUAGUCGCAGAUACAUCCAGUUCAUCCGCAUGUCCUGAUAAGAGGUUGCCGGAUGAGCCGACAACAUCUCAAGCCAAGCCAAUAGUGUCCCCAGCAAAGCCAACAAUAUCACCAGCAAAGCCAACAAUAUCACCAGCAAAGCCAACAAUAUCACCAGCAAAGCCAAUAGUGUCCCCAGCAAAACCAAUAGUAUCACCAGCAAAACCAACAGUAUCGCCGGAGAAGCCAGUCGUUUCGGUGGCUAAACCACCAAUACCAGAAAAGAAGGAUGUGUCACCUGAAUCCACACAGAACGAUCUGUUUGGUGGUAUUGGUAAUUUCCAGCAUAUGGACGACAUUUUGAACGAGUCUAAUAAGAUGAGGAAAUCUAAUAAAGAUAGCACCGGAUCUAAAACAAUCACUAGCCCUAGCAAGGUGUCCCAAGUUGUUGAGGAUGCAGAUUUGGAGGUAGAGGACUUGGGGGCUAGUAUCAGGGUAACUGGGCCUAACUCUUCAGGGGGAGCAUGGGACAAAUCUGGCGACAUACAGCCUGCUGAACCUUCUCGAUCCGAUAAUAAUCAGUCCGUAGCAGUAGAGCACACUGACUACACAGAUGAUGCAGACGAGGAAAGUCAAGUGAUGCCCUCAGGGUCCCCGUUGAAGAGACCGGUGGAAGAGGCGGAUCUGCCACCUGCAGUUUCAUUUAUUGAUCAGGUGCAAACUCCUACUAAAGCCGCAGAUGCAAAGUCGGUCCUAUCGAGACUGCAAUCUGAAGAACAGGAGGCAACACUUGCCUUAUUAGCGACCGGCACAUUCGACACAGAUGUUCAAAAACUUCGUACCGUAUCCUUACCUGACCUCAAUGAUGCUAACGACAAUGAGGCCAAGAAAACGUCUCUCUCUGACAAUGAAGACGUCGAACUUGAAACUGAGGUCAUAGUUGAAGAGGAAGAGAAGGAUAUCGAGAGGACUCCCCAUAAUAAGUUUAGCACCCAGGCCUCUGAAUACCACACGCCAAUGAGCGAGACCCCUGUGGGUGUUCCUCAGAUUGUGAUAAAACCCAACUCGCAGAGAAAGGGAGAUAUUUCUCGUAGCAGCGAUCAGGCAGAGAUAAAUGAAAACAACAGUGAUGUUGAGGACACAGUGAAGUCUGAUUCCGAGGAAGAAGAAUACCUGGAGCUUGUGAAGAGCUUGCAGAGUGUUCUGGACGACGUGCCAAGCGAUGACGACGUUACAUUCGGGACCUGCAAGUCACCUUUUAGUGAUGACGAAAGUGAUGAGGUUAAUGAUGCAGACAGCUCUAAAAAUUGCUCACAGAGGAGUCAGUCUCCCCAGUUUGACGACAGUUGUCAAGACGACGAGAAUUUUGGGGAGAACGAGAGCGUGUUCGGUCGGUUAGAGCAGUCCAGGGAGGCACUGGAGAAGCGGAUAGGUCAUGAGAUCCUUAUCCAGGCUUACAAUAUUAUACAGAAAGUGCAGGAUAGCGAUGAUGAGGAUCUCUCGUUCGAGAAGGAAGUUCAAGACAAAGUGGCAGCUCUACUCGGUGAAGCUCAACACCUCUUCCCUGCUAUCCUACACUUGGUAAUGGCUGACAGUGCUUUCUGCUCCGAGAAUAAAUCGUGACAAAGAUCAGAUCUCUAGUACAACCUCGAAUGGAGUUCCGUAAUCAACCUUAUUCCAGACACAGUUUCUUAAUCCAUCGGCCUCGCCUCAGCCGUGACGUAACCACGUGACGUAACCAGUUAACCACGUGACGUAGCGCUUCUCUCUUGACAUGAUGUUUAUUUGAUGUAUUUGUUGAUGAUAUCCUCUAGGACAGGACUCUAGUUUAAAUGUAGCAAGAUCUGGACUUGAUUAAUCAAUGUGUCUUCGUCUCUUUAUAGUUCAGACGGCUCCAUGUGGAGAUGUGAUGCACAUUUUCACGUGAAUCCUUCUAGGUUCAGCCUAAUGCUGGAAGCAUGUUUCUGAUUUUCUCUUUGUCCUUGUCACUAACAGACUUCUUUUGGCGUGAGCAAAAGCAUCAGAUUUUUUUAAACAUUCUGGAUGACCGGGGAUAGAUUUAACUUAUUGACCACUUUUUAUACGUUCAUUUUCUUUCUACGCUGCUGAAUCGCUAGGCUGUAAAGUGUAAAUAGAUCUACUUAUCUUUUAUUUUUAGUAAAUGUAAAUACAUUUCGAUAAUAAAAUUGAUAGCUGAAAAUUCAUUUUACCAAUAAUAA